UUCACUUCUUUCUUUUAUGUCGAACUUCUCAGGGUAAUAUCUUCCAAGUUCUAAGUUCUAACCCUCCUUCUCCUCUUCCUUCACCAGUGAUCCAGUGUUUCUUGUAUAUUGAAAGAAUGACGAGGAAUAUGGAAGAUUUAUGGCGUCAGGUGUUUUCCGUUGGAACUGAAUGGGAAGCGAUGGAUGAGAUUUAUGGGUCCAACUGGGAUUUCUCCAACUUGGAGAAUGCUUUCGAGGAAGGUGGAGAAUUGCUUGGCCAAAACGUUUAUCUCUUUGGCUGCACGGAAACACAGGGCAUAGCUGAUGCUUCCCUUGUGCCCGUGGUUGUUGCUGUGGUUUCACGAUUUGCUCCCUCUGAUAAAAUUGCAAUAGUAUCAGUUCAACGAGCAAAUGAACAGAUUUGGCCUAUGAAGCGGCUGAAGAUGGAUUGGUAUCCCUAUAUUCCAUUGGGAAGAAGGGAUGCUAAGGUGGAAGAUCUCAAAAGCUGUAGGGUAUUUAUACUGAGGUGCAAGCAAAGAAAGGUUGGAUUGAAGCAGUUGGGAAUCGACAGGGCGAAGGAGUAUGACUAUUGCUUGCCUCAUUUUUACAACCCCUUUAAGAAAGAUGAGGAUGAUCAGCAAGAAAGUGAAGUACAAAUAUUGUUUUCUAGAGAAUCUGAGCCUCCACUGAUAUGUUCGUUUGAUUGGGAGCUGGAUGUCCUGGACGAGGUAGCGGACGAGUUGAUAGAACAAGAAGCUUUAGCUGCUGAUGAGAAGGAUGCAUUUAAGGAUUUUGUGAAGGAGAAGGUUAGAGAAGCCAAGAAAGCCCAGCGUGAAGCAAGGGAAGCUAAGGAGAAAAUGUUGCAGGAGAUGGGCGAUGAAACAAGAGCUGCAUUUGAUAGUAUCAGGUUUUACAAGUUUUAUCCUGUGUCGCUUCCUGGUUCCCCUGAAAUAGCCAAGUCUUCAUUCAUAAACAGGGCUUAUGAUUCCGAAGUCUUCUUGUUGUUUUCUAAAUUUGGAAGAUAAUAAAACAUUACGGCAAACCAUAAGGGC